UAAAUAUACGCAGUUGUCCGCAUUAUUCCAAGCUUAUCACAAGGAUUAUAAUAAUGUCAGCCAGACAAUUUUUAAGUGUGCUCUAUGUUUUGGCAUACUGUACAGUUAUGAUAAUUGGAGAGAAAAAACGUCUUCUCGAAAAUAUUCCCACUGAUGUAGAUUCCAGACUUCAUGACAUUGAAGUAAAAUUACAACAAUUAACUUCGCAGACUACAGACAAAGACAUGUUUAUAACGCAGUUGCAAAGUACAGUAUUAAAACUACAGAGUACUGUUAACCAACUUGAACGUGACAGAAACAACCAAUCAGCACAAAUUCAAGCAAUGCAGAAAAUGGUGAAUGCAAAGAAUCCGGGAUGUCAAACAGGAAAUCAUCACCUUGCUGAUGCAAAAGGUCAUGCAUAGUCGGCGUCUACUGUUAUCCAUUUUAAUGAACCAUUUGCUGAAAUACCAACUGUUGUGUGGGGGACUACAGCUUUGGAUAUUGACCAUAACCACAAUACCCGUUUUUCAUCAAAUGUACAGAGCAUAACGAAAGCGGGC